AUGAAGGAAUGGGUCCUGGAGUUCCAGGAGCUUCCCACUGGGCCCCACAGCUCCUUCCGCGACGCUCUCGCGGCCAGGGGCUAUGAGGGCGCGCUCUUCCUCGGCCCCGGCCAGGAGAAGGUUGGGGUUGGCCUUUUCUGGCAGCGCGAGCGUGCAUCCAUGGUGGACACCUUUCCAAAGGACCAGGUCGUGCCAUGCGGUAUGGAGACAGGCUCUUAUGGCAACGUCGACCUGAAAGAAGCAGGGCUCAGGGACAUGGACAGGCGUCUGGCCGGCUUUGUCAAGCUGACUGUAGAUGAGCUCCCCACUCUUUUGUGUGGCACUCACCUGAUGACAGGUUCGCGCGACAAAGAAGGCAAGAUUCGUCAGCAGGAGCUAGUGACGAUUGCAGAUCUGAUGAAGGCGUGGGCAGAUCCUGGCGCAGGAGUCAUUCUCUGCGGGGAUUUCAACGUGAAUUCCCGUGGAUUUUUGGAGGAGCACAUCUGGGAAGGAACUGGCUAUGUGCGAGACUCCGACACCAAGGCAAACCGUUUUUGCUGGCAGCGAAGUGGUGCUUCACCACUCAUACUUCGCGACGCUUUCGAUUCCUGCUACGGGGAUGAGGCCUGCUCGUCGACUCGAACGGGCACGCGCCUGGAAACCAUCGACUACAUAUUUUUCGACGAGGAGGCCUACACUCUCUUGGACAGCUCGAAGUUGCGGUGUCCGGAGCAGCCAAUGCCGAAUGCAGAGGAACCCUCCGACCACAUUCCUGUUUGCGGGAUCGCAGCAGACCCCGUGCAGAACGUGAGCCAACUGUCCUUGGCAGCUGUUGUUGUAUCUGCUUGCGUUCGACGCGGGGAGGUCGCCGCUGUUGGCGGCUGGUCAACAAGCUUGCGGGUGAAGCAGGCACCGCUUCGUUUCUUGCUGGCGCCACUCCGCCUGCAGCACACCCUAAGUGCGGUCCAGGAUGUAGCUGCGGUGCUGGAGGUUGGAGCAGGCGGUCCAGAAAGACAAGGACAGACAGAAGAUGCGUUUCAACCGGAACCUGCGACGUCCAAAGAAGAGAAGGCGCUGAAGGUGCAUUCUAGCAGAUCUUCUGUCUCUGUGAUGUUCUUGGAGCUCGACCUGGAUGUGGCAGCACCGGUGCUGCAUUGGGAGGAGCAUCUGGAAGAAGCUUUCAUUCUGCGCUUUGGGCGCGUUCGUCUGCGGACCGUGGAGAACAACAGGGAGCCUGAGCUGCGCGUGCCUGAGCCUGCCGAGUUCCCUGUUGCUGCGGUGGGCUGUGCGAUGGCGGCGCCGGCAGCAUGGUGUCUUUUUGAGGAUGCUGGAGUCGUUCUCGGACACGGCGACGUCCUGACAUUCGGAAAGGUCGCAUUGCAGCUGCAGCGCUCGACGGAGGGUCACUACCAGCUCGCGGCAGGCAUCGGAGGUAUUGAAGGAUCCCUUCACACUGAGCUGUCGCGGCGCGUGGCGAAGCUUUCCGAGGCGCUGCAGGCGCUGGUCACGGAAGCUUUGGAAGACCGCGCGGCCAUCGAAGCUCUCCGCCGCCUUCGCGAGGCGUCCCAGCCCAGGAGAUCUCGCUUCUAUUCCGCUUGGGAGAAGUUUGAGAUGCUGGGACCCAUGCAGGAGAAGUCCGCGAACUGCAGCGGCGGCGACGUGGAAGAGGAGGACACAGGUGCGGUGCUAUCUCCGAUGACAGAAGAGGCUUUUUCAGGCUACGGCGUCAAUGCCCCAUGCGCCCCAGCCUUCGUCAGCACUGUGCUGCAUCUGCAGAGCGCCUCGCUGCGCAUCUUCGAACAGCGCCCGCGAGGUACUCAGAGCCAUGCAGUGGCACAUGCUUCUCUAGAAGGUGUCCACUUCCGCGUCCAGCUUUUCCGCGAGCGUGCGGCUGCAAGCUUGCUAUUCACCUCGCUCCAGCUCCAGGCGGCCAGCCUGACACUCCAGUCCCGGCGGCUGCUUACUCCAAGGGCUACAGGUGGAGUGCUGCUCGACAGUUCUGCCUUGGUGCCGCUCCGGGCAGAAGGGUGUGAGCCACUAUUCGGGGUGAAGUUGCAGCAGCUGGCAGUGCUUUACCGCCAGCGCGACAGUGAUGCGCUCUUGCAGCUCCUGCGCUCGGUGUUGAGACCGCUGCAGGCCGCUGAAGGUGCCGGCAGUUCCCAGAGGCCUUCAGUAUCAUCCCUCGACCAGCAACAGGUGGCCGAGACUUUCGGCCUUGAAGCCAAGUGGAAAUGUCCAUUGUUUCGAUGCUGGAUUGGCGCGCCCAAGGUCUUUCUUCCCACGGACCCGACGCUUCGGCGCCGGCGCUCCCUGGGAGAGGCACGCUGCGGUCAUCUUGAGGAGCAGAAUGGCGUUGUCGACUUCAAAGCCAUGCCUGGCGAGGAGUUCAUCGUCAUCGACUUUGGACACGUCAACCUUCAGCGCACCACUCAAAGCCUCGAGACGCUGGACUUGAAGCUGUGCGAGGUGGACCUUCGUAUGGCGGGCAAAACCGGCAAACUUACCUCUGUCCUGCAGCUGCCGGAGACGAAGGCUUCAAAGGGCGCCACCCCCACGACGAUCCGCGUGGAUGCCACACUACGCCAGGGCCGAGAGGGGACCCGCUUCGAGGCUUCGCUGCAACCAUCCGGUGGUGAGCAACUGCAGAUAGUUCUUGGCCGCAGUGACCUCACACGCAUCCUGGAUGUGUUGGCGGAGAACCGCAGCUAUGCCAGCUUUGUCGAGGAGGCGACGGAGGUGGAUGACUCUGCACAGGAGGAGUCCGAGGCCAGCUCCUUCGUCUCAGCCCGUGAGACGCACAGUGCCAGGACACGCAGCCUUGAGGCAGUACCUUCGCCUGCGCCUGUGCAGGCCUCCGUGCGGGCACGUACGCUGGCCACGCUGCGUUCUGCAAGCCAGCUUCCGGACUUGCAGCCAAAGAAGUGGCCAAGCGGAGAAACAAGUCAAGACUCAGCCGGGCAGCCCUUCACAUUACAGUGGUCAAAUCCGGCGGUGCUGCUCAUUCGAGUCCAAUUCACUGAAUCUGCCCCGGUGGCUGCACUUGCGCUCCAAGGGAGUUGCAUCUUUGCGAAGCUGGAUCCCGAUCUCCAGCUAGAGGUUUCUUGCCGGUCAGUGGACAUCGAGGAUCUGCGUUUACGGUCACAGAACGCAGACAAAUCAGUACUCUGCGGAAGCUCUUUCGUCCUUGCCUGGCGCAGUGAGGCAGGCCAGCGGUCGGCACUGUCGAUCCGGCUGAACCGAGCCACGUUACAGGUGCUGCCGAUGCUGUUUGCGGACCUCGCCACCUGGGGCAUUUCGGCUUGGCGACUUUGCGCUUGGGCCCAGUGCCCUUGCGAACCCGAGCAGAGGCUGCCCUGGGACGCUUCCGAGCUGCGCCCGCUGGGCGUGGCCAGUCUGCUGAUCGAGGUCGAGCUGCAAUCUGCAUCGUUUCGCUUGCCGACAGCUUGGGCAGCGCAGCAGGACUACUUUGAGUUCUGCGGGAGCCCGCGGGAGAACGGCGCCGUCUUCUCGGCAUCGCUGCUCAGCUGUGAGGCCGGCCUGGAGUUGACUCGCAUCGCCUUGGAGAGCUGCAAAGUACAGCGUUGCGAUGCACAAGUGCCGAGUGCAGUGCUGUGCAGUGACUUCGGCCUUUCUGCAGCCGGUCGAACCUGGAAUUUGGCGCCAAGAAGAAGCGGGCUGAUCCUGAGGCCCGUCGAACUGCAACCUUUCGACCUUCGCAUUUCUACGCAGGACAUCGGUGCCCUCCUUGCAGCUGCCAGCUCGCUAGCACGUGCCGAAGCACCCAGCGCAGAGCCCAUCGAGGAGCUGCUUCUCCGUGACCCUCAUGCACCAACGGCCCCCUCGUCUUGGUGCUUGGAGUUGGACGGCAUGGUCGGGAGAGGAGAAGGAUUUCGCACGAAGCAGGUCAUCGACUUGCAAAUCCUGGAUGAUCGCCAGCCGGGCAAGCUUCUCGAUGUCCGGAUCGGCCUGUCAUCGAUUCACACGGAGAUUCGGACUGCAACUGGUCAAGCCUCAAGCCUGCUUCUCCGCACCCAGAUGCUCGAGUUGGAGGUGGAGUCCUACAAUCGCAACCUUCGCGUCAUGGAGCCAGUGGUGCUUCCGAUCAGAUUGGACGCCGAAUACGAAGUACUUCAGGGCACAUCCUCCUUCCGUGUGAGCUCCAGGGAGAAGUUGCAUUUGGUGAUCACUCCGAUCUUUAUUCGCUUGGUGAUGCAGCUUCAGGAUGAGCUUGCCGCAGAUGUACCGACGGCGCAGCGGCAGUCAGCAUACUUGCCGCUGAUUACAGGAUUGAACCUGACUGGCACCGCCUGCGAGGUCGCAGCAGGAUGUACAUGCAUCAAACUUCCAGCAGCCAAGGAGGUGCCGCUCGAUGCACUCCUCUACAAGGACAGCGCGGAGCUGCGAAGCAGCGAGGGAGACCCGGCACUUCCGCUGAGGCUUCAUCUAAGCCGGCGCCUGAACGCUCCCUUCAUGGCAGAGCCCCGCUCCUGGCAGUGCGGCGAGUCGGAGCUCAUCGCGCAGCUGGGCCAGAACCCCGCUGCAUCCAUGGGCCAGCGUCUCCUCGUCACUUCUAGGGUUUGCUUCGCGAACUUGACGGAUGUGACACUUCAAUGGCGCUUGCUUAGGCCAGGAUCGUACAGCAGAUUGUCGGACCAUGCACCCGAGAAUGGCGAGGUCAUGGAGGUCCCGCAGCCGCUGCCGGUGGAUGCCUCUUGCCUGGGCUUUCCUGAGGGUGCGGGCGCGAAGCCAGGCGACGGAGACGGUGACUGCCUCGCGGCAAGGCAAGCAGUGUCGCUGCCGCAGAGCGCGUUGGCUGGAUCGCCUUCGGGCUCCAUGCCCUUGGCUCUUCUGCAGGUUCGGCCAGCGAGCCCAGCAGGGGCUCUGCCCGCAGAGACGUUCACAUGGAGCGAGCCGGUUCCUGUCUUCUUGCGCAGACACCCUGAGCCUGUCGUACCUGGGCGCCGAAGGAGCACCCGAAGUAGUGUUACGAGCAUAGAGUCCGGACAGGGGGACGGGGACCUGUUUCGGCGCUGCCAAAACGCCUCAGGCAGCUGUCCCUUGAGAUUCCGUGUCGUCGAGGAGGGCGGCCGGCAGACGCUUUGUGCAGAGCCACCACUGCGACUUCGCAACGGCUGCCCCGUGCCGCUCUUACUUACCUUCGAGCCAGAGCUUCACCGUGAGGAGCUGGAGACCGUUCCAGCAGGAGCAGUGCGAGUCGGUGCCCUGGCGAAAAUUUUCGAUGGGUUGGGCGGAUUCCUGGCAGUGGUCAUCGCGGCCGCUGGGGAUGCUGCAGAUGCUGAGCUGGGCGGCGGCGGUGUCGAGCUCUGUCCUGUCCGUGCAGAUUCGAACGGCUUUCUGUGGUGGGAACUGGAUGGCUCUCUCCGGCACAUCGUCCUACCACAGGGCACAAAUGCCGUGGAGCUGCGUCGUACAGAGGCGGGUGUCGGCUUUCGCUGUCUCCGUGCAGCAGCGCUGCCGGGUCGAGGUUGCCAGGUGCUGCAGCUCGGCCCCCGAGAGCCACUCCCAAUCUUCGAGUUGCCAAUGGCACCAACAAGGCUGUCAGUGGCUUUGAUUGGCCUCGGGAACGAGCGAUCGGAAUGGAGUCUGCCACUGCGCUUGCCAUCCCUGAUGCAACAGGGUGAGUUGCCCGUGCAGCGGUGGUCUUCGUCUUCUUUUGAGGUGCGAUCGUGUCAUCUCCCAGCGGAAGAAGUCUUGGAGGUGCGCUGGGCUCGAGCAAUCUUCCCGCUGAUUGCGCGGCGAAGUGCUCCUGAAACCGAAGUGGUGAUCGGAGCUCGACGAUGGUUUGUGAACAGCACAACCCUCCCCAUCCAGCUCACGCUGCCGGAUGGAUCGGCGCUGCCGCAUCUGACUGCAGGUGCGACACUUUUAGCACAUCCUCUUCACGAGGCCGAUGCUGCAGAGGCACAAAGCUGCCUGCAGAGGGUCUGUGGCCUCCGUGGAUCAGAUCCGGAUCUCAGCUCCACCAUCUCCUUAGCCUUCGGACGCGACUCUGUCAACGUCCAGCUGCCAGGCGCCGGUGGCUUCGAGGAUGUCUUCUUCCCCAGCGGAGAGGACUGCGUCCUACGUGAAGAGGGCAUAGCUCUCGCCAUGACAUUCGGGCUGGAUUGCAGCCUUGUCUCUCUGGUACCAGCGCUAGUUGUCUUCAACUGCUCGCCACAGCAGGUUGGUUUUUUAUGGAAUGGGCAGGCGCCUGCCCAAGCCGAAUGGCUCAAUGCGGGCCAGCGCAAAGCGCUGCGCGUGCCCAUGGAGCUAAGCGAGGAAAGCAGCCGCAGUCUGCUGCUGCCGGUGGCCAGGGACGCCGCACCCGAGCGGCCAAAGUUACAGGUCCUGGUCAAUACACAGCAUAACGAGCUGCUGAUUUCGCCUCCCUUUGCAGUCGAUCGUGCUGCUGCAGGCUGCAGUGCCGCCAUGUCACUGCCCUCCUCUGCCCGCCCGGAAUUAUGCCGGGUGGCCGUCGACGAGGCCUUUGGGGCUGUCGCUGUAUCCGUAGCCGGCCGAGAACGCUGCCACCGGCUGACCUGUGAGGAGGGUUUGGAGGCUUAUGUUGACACGGCCCCGGCCGAUGUAGCGCGCAGCGGUGGCAGCAUUUAUUUCGGCGUGGCAGAGCCAUUUGAAAGCUCAUCCUCUGUCGUCCUGGUGUUGCAGAGACCGGGGCCUGGCAUAGCACGGGUUGACGUAGGUCUCAGUCGGAACAACACCCAGGCCAUUCCUGCAACUUCGUCACUGGGGGUGCCAGCGCGAGUGGAUGUUAGCGUCAAGGAGCAUGUUGCGACGGUGUUUGUCUCUCUGGGCCAUGGACGAGUGGACGAGGAGGCUGCACAGUCCGAGACGCUCCAUGAGCUGCAGCUAGGGGGCCUUACGCUCUCCCUGGCGGAAGCUCCUGGCCUGCAGGAGGGUCUGUUGAUGGGUUACAGCCCCGAGACGAUCUCUGUCGCGUUGGACGGUUUCCAGGUGCGGUUGCGACGAUUCGCCAACGAUAGCGAAGAGUUCAAAAUCCGCAUCGACGCCGUGCAAGUGGACCUGCGCCCAAAGAAGGCGCGGGAUCCCCAACCGCUGGUUCUCCUGGCCUCAAUACCACGCCGAAGAGCGCUGCCCUUCCUCCGCUGGAGCUCCCUGCGUCGUGCCUGCAGCGAUCCCGCGGAGUGGCGCUUUGGUCUUUGUCGCCUCGAUUUGGGUCCGGCAGAGGUCACUGUGACAGAAGCGGUCUGGCAGGAGGUCGGCCGCUUCCUCGACCAGGCCGCCUCUGGCCCCCGCGGACUGGGCCCGCAGGAGGUGGCUGCGCGGGUUGGAAAGGAGCUGCCAGCAGUGCCUCCGACAAGCGGGCAACGACUGCAAGUGGAGCAGUUCAGUGUCGAGGCGGUGAGCCUCAAAGUUUGGUGCUCGCUCUACCUUCCCGAGGCCACGUUCCUUCCUGCUGCCUUUCGCGCGGCUGUAGAAUUCUUGGGCCUCGGGACUGAGACACUGGUGGUGGAGGGAGCGAAGGUCCGAGUAGCUGCACAACCCUGGCUCGUCGGAAGAGGUGGGCGACACCUUAUGGGCUCUGUGUCCUCUGUCUUGGACAGCCUGUCGCGAGCAUAUCUUCCACAGGUGCGGAGGUCAAUAUUCUCCCUCGUUGCCAACUCCAAUGCGGCCCUUGGUGGCCUCCUUGGAUUGCGUUGCUGGCGUCGGCUUUUCGGGUGUGCUCGGCGCCAGACUGUCCGCAGCGUGAGACCUGAGCUUUGUGCCCUGGGCGCGGAUGGUGCUGUGCGUGCUGCUGAUGGCCGCGGUGCUGAAGGCUCCUGGUUGUCGCAGGUGGACGGCAGCAUCGCUGCAAACCCGCCAGAGACGACAUGCGGCCGUUUCGUCGGGUCCUUCUCUCAGAUGCCUUCGAGCAACGCCAUGUCGCGGGUCAGACAGUUCCUUGUGGGGUCGGCGCUGUCCGGCAUCACGGGCGCCUUCAUGCUAAAGAUGCACGAAAUGUCGACCAAUCAGAUUGCUUUCUAUUUGCGGGCCGUGUCAUCCGGAAGCCAAACUUUCGAGCAGUUCAGCCACCAGGGCUCUCUUCUUGCAGCUUUUGUGGAUGCGCGAGCAUGGAAUAGGUUGGUUCUGGAUGUGCACGGCAAAGUAUUGGAGUUCUGGCCUCAAGAAUAG